AAAACUGAACAAAAAAAAAAAAAAAAAAAAAAACGUCCCCCAUCCUCAAUAACAGGAAGGGACCUGAGGCGUCUCUAAACAAGAUGGGGAACCCUUUCGUCUUUGGGCGCGAUGAAUUCGACCCGUCCAACCGCUUCGUCACUUCGUGGUGUCUUUCACCCUGGGUUCUGUUCGGAUUUCGGUUGUUAUUUGGCCUCUACGCGCUAACGACACAGUUCGUCUCGAUCGGCACCGAGGUCGCCAGCGGCCAGUCGGACCAGGCGACGGCCGAGUUCUCGUACUUCACCGUGCUGACCUACUGGGGCAUCGCCUUCUACCUGCUCGUCUCUGCCCUGCACACGGCCACGUACGCCGCGACCGGCCGUCCGCUGCUGGCCCGGCUCCCGCGCCCGCUGCAGGCUCUGCACUCGCUCUACUACACCACCAUCUGCGUCUACCCCAUCAUCGUCACGGUCGUCUACUGGGCCGUCCUCUUCGUCGGCCCCUGGUUCAACACUACCUAUGCCGCAUGGAGCAACAUCAGCCGCCACGCCAUGAACUCGGGCUUUGCCCUGUUUGAGAUCGUCCUCACCCGCACCGACCUCCCUCCCUGGAUACACCUGUUCUGGCUCAUCAUCAUCCUCGCUCUCUACCUCUCCCUCGCCUACCUGACCCACGCUACCAGGGGCUUCUACGUCUACCCCUUCCUCGACCCCGCUGGAGGGUCUGGCAAGGUCGCCGGCUACGUCUGCGGCAUCGCGGUCGGAUGCGUCGUCUUCUUUUUGCUGGUCAAGGGUUUCAUAUGGCUGAGGAAGUGGGUGACGGAGAGCAAGCUCGGCAUGCAUGGCAAGUUUUCGUCAAGAGACCGCCCGGUCAGCGGCACGACGAGCGACCCUGAGAUGGCUCACCAUGGGAAAUACGAUAGGUAGACGGAGCUUGCCAAGGGAUUCUUUUUUUUUUUUCUUUUAUACAUACACAUUGUAUCAGUACGAAGUCGCUCUUUCAUUAUUGCGUUUACGUCGGAAAGUAUACCUUUCCCCUCGUAAACACAUUGUGCUCACGAGAUACCCACUAUAUUUUCAUGAUAAAACUUGCUUUUAGGAACAGUUCCAUGAACUCAUGACGUUGG